AAUCCAUCGCAUUUCAAACGUUAUUUUAGUUCAUUGUAAACAGCGCCGCUUGCGCCUUAUUUGGAACGAAAUCCCUUCGUCCAUGUUUCUUGUUUGUAGCGAAGCUUCUGCGUCAGCUUAGUAUUUUUCCUCAUUUUUGCGUUAAUUAAGGAAGGUCCGCCGCAAUGGAAAAAUUCGAGCAAGGUCGCGUUUCCGAGAACGAAGACGAUCCCGACGUAUACGAAAGUUCCGGCGACGAGUGGAACGAGGAAGUCGAAGAGAAGAAAAGAGGUAACCGACGUAGUUCUCAGCGUUUAAGUAAAAAACCACGCGUUUCGCAUGUUGAUUUGAGCAGCGAAGAAGAUGGCACCGGGAAGAAGAAGAAAUCAAAGAACGGAAUUAAGCGCCAAAAGAUGGAUCCCGAGCAGGAGGAAGACGUCGAAGAGGAAGAGGAUGACGUCGACGAGGAAGAAGAAGAGGAGGAGGAGGAUGAUAGUGCCGACAGCGGGCAACCAAACAACAAAACCUCGAAGAAAUCUGGCAAGAGCUCCGACUUUGUGAAUGGCGGCUUUUUGAUCCUAAAGAAAGAUGCACAGAAAGGGGAUCCUAGUAAAAAACCAUGCCUGUGGAGAAUAGACGGAAAAGCACUCCUACAGAAAUACGAACCUUUUGAUGAGGAAGGGCAAGUGAGACACAGAAAUACGUCAAUUUACACCGGUUGGUCAUCUCUCGAUAAGGAAAUGUAUUACCCAGUGACUGUUAAAGUUCUCCAACACCAGGGUCAAAAUAUGACCGUCGAAUUAAACUGGGAGAAAUUAAAGGAGCUUCAGCAGGAAAGCGAAUAAGUUUAUUUUAAUUUUUUUUAUAAUCAUCUUAUACAUAUAUAAAUAGCGAUUGUUUUAAAAUCUUGGAUUGUGUUUCGCAAGGUAAUCACUGUAAAGUUACUUUAACUUUAAAGUUGUUCAUCUUGUCUACUAGUUAAGAUUUUGAUAAGAACAUCAAUUUUUUUCAUCAAUUUUACAUUUCCAGGACACUGCGGUGUGUCUUCAUUCUUAGGUAGAGUUGACUAAAUUUCUUUUAAUUAAUGUUAAGAGUAACUGUUCUAAUGUAACUGAUUCUGUUUAGGUUUCGUGUAGUUUCUGUGUAAGCCUGUCACGGUUAUUUCAUUUUA